GAUAUUAGAACAAGGGAGGUAUAAGUGCGACCAUUUUGUCAAUGACAUAAUACUCACACACACACACAUACUCCUACCUAUGACCAACAUACAAAGAAGAAUGAGAUAUAAUACCCUGGUCUAUUUGAAUAUCCUACUCAAUCAGGAUGAUACACCUUUCCAAUACUUUAUUGAAUUCUCGAAUUGAUGAUUAGAUAAGCUGCUUAGGGUAUCAACAGGUGCAAUGUUUGAAAACCACAAAUAUCCACUAUAUUUAUGUAGGGUAAGCACUUAUGUAGUCGCAGACAUCUCCAUCGAUCAAGACUUCGCAUGUGAACUUUGACGUUUCACAUUUCUACACGCAGGCUUGGUCUCUGAUUGCAUCAACUGUCUUAUGAUACAUAUAAAAGGCAUACAAAAUUCUAUAAUCACGGUCCUCAAAUGCGUGAAAUCAUCAGUCUUCAGCUCGGUCAGCUGAGUAACUAUACGGCCACUCACUUCUGGAAUGCCCAGGAGUCAUACUUUACAUACUCAGCCGACGAAAAGUCACCCAUAGAUCACAAUGUUCAUUGGCGGGCCGGUCUAGGCGCUGAUGGCUCAGAAACAUUUCUCCCACGAACAGUCAUAUACGACCUCAAAGGCGGCUUUGGUUCUUUACGCAAGAUUAAUGCACUGUAUGAAGCUGAAGCCGAACCAGAUCCUGUGGAAUUAUGGUCAGGUGAAUCAGUCGUUUACAAACAGGCACCCAUUAAUCCAAGCGAGUACCAGCAGAGCCUCGAUGCAGGCACUGAACCGGCACAACUAACAACCUCGAAUGUGAGAUACUGGUCUGAUUUCUCACGAGUUUACUUCCAUCCACGUUCACUGGUCCAGCUCUAUGACUUUGAGCUCAACUCGACUACCAUGCCCUUUGAGCGUUUCUCAAUGGGCACAGAGCUCUUCUCGAUGCUCGACAAGGAGCACGAUAUCGUGGAUCGAGACUUCAGGCCCUUUGCAGAAGAGUGUGACAGAAUGCAGGGAAUACAGGUCUUUACUACUAUCGACGAUGCUUGGGGUGGCUAUGCAUCCGCAUAUCUCGAGUCGUUGAGGGAUGAGUUCCCAAAGACAACCAUAUGGACCUGGGGUCUUCAAAGCCCCUUGCUUGAUAUUCCCAGAUCAAAGCGCCAACUACGCCUUGCGAACAUCGCUCACAGUAUCGAGCAGCUCUGCACGCAGGCAACCACAGUUGUUCCUAUGGCUUUACCCGAAGAGGACCUAUCAGCUGGAGUAUCGUUGGAUCGCCGCUCGCCCUGGCACACAUCUGCUGUCAUGGCUGCAGCUAUCGAAACAGCCACCUUGCCUACACGUCUGGUACAAGGCUCUUCGGAGCAGUCAAGUUCUCUAGACGACCUGGCUGAGAGUCUGAACGUCAAUGGCAAUCAGCCCCUGGCCAGCAUCAACAUGUCAUUGGCAUCUGCAAAAGACUCAUCGGAAGACAGCCGCAUCAACGUCGACUUCUUCCAAAUAGGGCGCACUUGGAGUCGACAGCAUAUUGCUAGAUCGGAUGCCCAUAAGCAUGUCUUUGGUGAACUCCGAUCUUAUCGAGAUCUGGACCCCCUUGGGAACCUUGAUGAAGACGCUCCUGGACAUCUUGCUCCAGGUGAACGCCCCAUGAUAGGCAAUUCUGUUGUGCGCAAAUACGAUUCAUCUCUCAGAUUCCCGUUGCUGGACGCCUACCCCCAGAUCUAUCCCCAACUCAGUAGCCAUCCUGAUGCCAGCAUGCAAACGACACUCUCGACAAACAGCUCAUUAGUGCAACGGAUCAGAAAUUUGCGGUCAGACUCUGCUAGACUUGUGCCAGUAAACGAAAGAGAGGACCUUGGUAACGGACUGGCAGAACUGGCGGAUGCCUACCAAGAAGGCUGGUUCAGUGGCAGUGAUGACGACGACGAUGACCUAUGAUACAUUUGAUAGAGCUAGCCAUCAAAUCCGAAUGGAGUCGAGCAAUCUCGGGCACCAUUCACAUCUCAGGAACACGCGGGACAAAAACAAGA